AAACAGCGUGCCCUCUAUUUCUUCACCGUCAUGUUCCAUAUCUCAAACAACGGAUGCAAAUUAUCGCGGAGUAAUGCGCGCAUCGCGGGAUAGAAAGGCCAGACUGAAUGUCUACCCCGCAUCUCGCUCAGCUCUCUGCCUCCCCUGGGUCGAGGCUGUCAAUCUGGCCUGCCUGGACCUUGGGAGAACACGGAUAGAAGAGCAUGUCAGCUGAACCUACCCCCGAGUUCUUCUAUUUACUCAUCCGACCACCAACAUACGGUUCCUCCGGAUUACCACACUGCUCCUCGUUCCAUCCCUCGGUGUCCUUUUGUAUCGAUACCACACAACCAUGGCGAUGAAACCCACGAUCGUGAUUGGGGGAGGAUUGGCCGGGCUGAGUGCCGCGCACACGCUUUUGGAGCGGGGUCAGACCGUACUAUUGCUGGAUAAGAAGCCGUCACUGGGCGGCAACUCCGUGAAAGCGAGCUCGGGCAUCAACGGCGUGUACACCAAGGCACAGAAAGAUGCCGGCGUCGUCGAUAGCGUCGACGCAUUCGCGGCGGACACGACCACCUCCGCAGGCUCGCUCGCUCAGCCCGAUCUCAUCGCCGCGCUCACGGGAAGCAGCGCCGCGGCCAUCUCGUGGCUGACGGACACAUUCGGCGUGGAUCUGUCCAUCGUCGCGCGGCUCGGCGGGCAGUCUGCUGCGCGCACGCACCGCGACAAGGGCGGUGCCCCCGGGUAUGCGAUCACGGGCGCGUUGAUGAAGGCGCUCGAGGCCGCCGGUGCAGCGAAAGUCACGAUCGUGAAGAACGCGCGGGUGGUGAAACUGGUAGAGAGCAGUGACCGCGUUGUGGGUGUCGAGUACGAGGUCGGGGGCGAGACCAAAACCGCGGAAGGCAGCGGUGUCAUUCUCGCCACUGGUGGAUAUGCGGCAUCGUUCUCCCCGGGGAGCCUGCUUGCCACACAUCGCCCGGACCUCCUGGCCCUGUCAACGACCAACGGGGAUCACGCGACCGGAGACGGCAUCGCUCUGGCGACCUCACUCGCCGCUUUGCCAGCUGGCACGAUCCACCUCGACCAAGUGCAGGUCCACCCGACCGGCUUCGUCGACCCGAAGGAUCCCGGUGCCCGCACCAAGUUCCUCGCCGCCGAAGCCCUGCGCGGAGCGGGUGGCCUGCUGAUCGAUAAGGACGGCCGGCGGUUCGUGGACGAGAUGGAGAAGCGGGAUGUCGUCACGGCGGCGAUGCAGCGUAUUGAGCAGGCGGGCCAGGGUCCGAUCAGAUUGCUUCUGGGCGUGGGCGCUGCGGCUGAAGUCAAGAAACACUGCAAGCGACUUUUAUGUCUUCAAAGGCCUGAUGAAGCCGUAUCCGAACGCGGAAAGCUUCUCGCAGGACACGGGGGUACCGUUGGCAAAUCUGCUAGAUACCUUCGCGGCACACGGAACAGGAAGCGAUCCUUUCGGCAAAACCGUGUUCCACAACGCAAGCUACAGCGCAGACGAAGCACUCCACGUCGCGAUCACCACGCCAGUCGUACACUACACCAUGGGCGGGCUGGCCGUCGAUUGCGAGGCCCGCGUGUUGUCGGACAAGGACCGGGCGCCUAUCCCCGGCCUCUGGGCGGCGGGCGAAGUCAUCGGAGGCGUCCACGGCAGCAACCGACUCGCGGGAUCGUCUCUGCUCGAGGCUGUCGUGUUCGGCCGGAUCGCCGGCCGGUGUGCGUGAGGGCCGCACGAUCGACCUGUGGCGCGGGUUGGGUCCGACGGACAGAAGAAGCUGCAGGAAUCGUCUGGGGCGAUGCAGUCACGGCUAAUGGACAACAUAUCAUAUCAAGCAUGUCGUCGUAUUCACGUCAACUUUGCUUCCACCCAGACUAGGAGGUUGAGGAACGUGCAUACAGUGCACCUUGGACUUGGCCGCACCGGUCCAGCGCCGAUUCUCCCAGCGCGGAGCAAUCUGUCUUGCUGAGCGGCUAUCGGUCCUGAGGGAGAGAUUUGGAUAUAACACGUGUGGGGCGGGACCCUCUCAUGCCUGCAAGGACUGUCCAUUCGGAGCCGGUAGUCCCAGUGCGGGGCUCUUCUCUGUCUUGUUUUGCAUAGGCCCAAGCCACUGUUCUGUGUGCUUGAGUUUGAAACCCAGGUUGGUCGUUGAAGAUGAUACGAUGCUUCGACCUGACUUUGGGUUCCGCAAACGAGCAGCGGCAAAAUACUAGCCCACCGCGGGGGUCGAACCCGCAGCCUUGAGAUACCACAGUCUUGCAAGAGAUAAGAGUCUCACGCUCUACCGAUUGAGCUAGACAGGCACUGAC